CCCCUUCCUCCUGCAAACGGAUGCUUCCGACGUGGGUCUGGGAGCUGUCCUGUCCCAGGUCCAGGCAGGUGAGGAGCAUCCCGUACUCUUCAUCAGCAGGAAGCUGAACCCAGCCGAGAGGAACUACGCAGCGGUGGAGAAGGAGGCCCUGGCCAUCAGGUGGGCAGUCCUGGAGCUGCGUUACUACCUUCUGGGCCGGCGGUUCACCCUGCUGACCGACCAUGCACCCCUUCAAUGGAUGUCCCGGGCCAAGGACACCAAUGCCAGGGUGACCCGCUGGUUCCUCGCGCUCCAGGACUUCCACUUUGAUGUGAAACACCGCGCUGGAACCGCCAACGGGAACGCCGACGGACUCUCCCGGCUGUGGUCAGCUUUUGCAGGUCUGUCAGGGGUCACUCCCCGCCCACCCCCAGUAUCCCCCUUGAUCUCAUCUGUUUUCUCCGCCAGGACCAGGACAGCGCUUGGGGGGGGGAGUGUGACGGGCGUCCCGAGCUACCAUCAGCGUUGCCCUGGGAAUAAACCACCAUCACCUGGGAAAGCCACUAAUCACCGGACUCGCCGCACCUGGAGCUCGUUUGCCGGUGGCCAGAUAAGCCACGUCAGGCUCGCACUCCAGUGAGCUACGACACUCCUACAUGCUGUCUCUGACUGUUAUCUCUUUUGUAUCUUCUAGAAGCCAGUCCUUGAACCGCGACACGGAGCUAAUUCCCCCAAGAAUCACCGUUGCCGUACUCACCGACUGCACCCAGAGCACCGAGCACCCAGAAGAUAACGCCACUGACAGCGGGCCAUGCUGAGUGAUAUUGGUGAUUACGUUGGUACAGACGUUGAAAUAUCCUGGUUGCCUAAUCUGGAUGAUUUAAUGAAAGGUUACGCUCGAAACUUUCGCCCAGGCAUCGGAGGACCUCCUGUGAAUGUGGCCAUGGCCAUUGAAGUAGCCAGCAUCGAUCACAUCUCAGAAGCCAACAUGGAAUACACCAUGACAGUAUUUCUGCGGCAGAGUUGGAGAGAUGAUCGUCUCUCGUACAACCACACAAACAAAACUCUCGGCCUGGACAGCCGCUUUGUGGACAAACUCUGGUUACCAGACACAUUCAUAGUUAAUGCCAAAUCAGCCUGGUUUCACGACGUCACUGUGGAGAACAAACUCAUACGUCUGCAGCCUGAUGGAGUCGUUCUCUACAGUAGUCGAAUUACAUCUACGGUUGCAUGCGACAUGGACCUCACAAAAUACCCCAUGGAUGAACAGGAAUGCAUGCUAGACUUGGAAAGCUAUGGCUACUCUUCAGAAGAUAUUGUGUAUCACUGGUCAGAGAGUCAGAAACUCAUUCACGGUCUGGACAAACUGGAGCUGUCCCAGUUCACAAUCACAGAUUACCGCUUUGUCACAGAGAUGAUGAACUUUAAAUCCGCGGGGAGAUUUCCACGUCUCAGCUUGCGCUUUCAACUAAGGCGUAACCGAGGAGUUUACAUCAUCCAGUCCUACAUGCCCUCGAUCUUACUGGUUGCUAUGUCAUGGGUUUCAUUCUGGAUCAGCCAAUCAGCGGUGCCCGCAAGAGUGUCUUUAGGAAUCACAACGGUGCUCACAAUGACAACGCUGAUGGUCAGUGCUCGCUCAUCUUUGCCCCGUGCUUCUGCUAUCAAAGCUCUGGAUGUAUACUUCUGGAUCUGCUACGUCUUUGUGUUCGCUGCCUUGAUUGAGUACGCUUUUGCUCACUACAAUGCAGACUACAGCAAGAAGGAGAAAGCCAAAGUCAAGACGAAUAAGAGUGCAGAGUCCAUGGUAAAGAACGGAAAACAGGCCAUGGUUUUGUUUUCUCUCUCUGUGGCCGGCAUGAACCAGGGCCUCCUCGUCUCAAACCGGCAGAACAGGGCCCAGCGGACCACUGACGCUCCUGGAGAUCCACAUGAAGACACAGAGGUCCGUGGCUCUCAGUCCCGUCGGACACAGAAGGAAAGCAGUGAAGAGAAGAAAUGCUGCAAGUGCAAACCUAUCGACGCCGACACCAUCGACAUCUACGCCCGAGCUGUCUUCCCUUUCACCUUUGCUGUGGUAAAUGUCAUCUACUGGGUGGCAUAUACAAUGUAAAUGAUUCAUUUUCAAAUUUUGAGCUCUGCAUGUACAUAAAUAUUUGGAUUAUUAACAGUUAUAAAGAUAUAAAGUAGUCUUUUAGAAUAUGUUAUAUGCAUUAUGUUACAUUUUUUGUUUUGGAAGAAGAGGGGCCUGUUGCAUUAAAAGACCGGUACAUACCUCUGCAUCUUUACAUUUCCUUAUUGCUUUUUUGCUCUUUCAUAAUAUGUGCACCAGAAUAGCCUUCUAAGUACUGGUAUGAAUGAACUAAAGAAGAAAUUUAUACUGCUUUGUAAAUUAAUCUUUUUUUUCGUUCAUUUUUUCCUCAAAGAAAUGUGGCAUUGUCAGACAUAACUGUUAAAAUGGACUGGUGGAAAUAUAUCUGUGUGUUUCUUGCAACUUAAUGUUGUUCUCAAAUAAAAUUCAAAGAUGUCGGAAUUAUUAUUAACAUACAAAUGAGAUAUUUUCUGUAUGCAUUCUCUUACAUAUUGUCUUUAUCUUAACGUUAUUAUUCUCGCAGCAAUGGGGUUUAAAUAUAAGCAGAAACCGCUAUGUGUUUACGUAUGAGCCAUAGGAACCUUGCCCAUAAUUAAUGAUGGUUGUAAUGACUGUAGUGACUUAUUUCUAAGCACUUCAUCCCUUUCGAUAUCUUUAGUUUAGCCUUUUUGUCAGAGGCGGCUUUAAUUCUGCUAUAGUUCUGAAGUGCCACAACAACAUUUACGAUUGUCAUGACAAUCAGCCCAUUGUUUUUGUGCAUGAAAAUAGACAUGUGAUGCAUUUUUUCCUGCUUUUUUGUAAAUAUAUUAAUGCCAACAUUAAUCUACCUUACCUAUGUGGUAAGUCUGUGAGGGCCCUGGGCACCAGGAUAAAGACAUGACAAUGCUGAUAAAUAAAAAACUGUUCUUGUCACCCAA